ACAGCAGCAAAAACACAAGAGAGCAACAUCCAUUGUCAUUACAGAUUCAGGUGUCGCUGCUGCAGGUCGAUGAUCCAUGUCUUUUAAGUGAAUGGGAAAUAGACUCGUGAAAUUGCUCAAUAUAAAAAUUAUUAUGAAAUUUAAGCUAAAAUGAAAAAGAGAAAGGGGUGAAAAAAGAAACUCUCCACGCUUCUUCCUCGCACAGUCCCACAGGAUUGUGCGAUUUGUUUCUCAGUGCUCAGCUCCCUUUGAUCUUCCUUCACUCAAACCAUUUACCACAUCGCCACGUCAAGCUGCCGCAGUCCCAGGCCAGCUUAGCUUCCUCUCACUAAAUCAAUGAUUUGAACUCCCUAGGCCAUGGUGGAGACCGUCAACAAUUUGCUACAGCCGCAGGCCCAGGCGGCUUGGAGGGAGCUGAGCACAGGCGAGCAGCUGAGGGCCGCCACCAUGCUGCUGGACACGGUCGAGCAGGGGGCCUUCGUCCUGGCUGAUAACCUGCUCAAGACGGACAUCGUGCAAGAGAACACCGACAACAUCCAGCUGGAGGUAGCGAGAAUGAGCACAGAUGGGAAUUUGCCUGAUCUGAAGUUCCCACAAUCCGGAGGACAAGGCAACUCUAUCCACCUCUCAGCGAACACACUGAAGCAGCACGGAAGAAACGGUGAAAUCCGAAUAGCGUUCGUCCUGUACAAGCACAUCGGGGUCUAUCUUUCAACUGAGAACGCCAGCAUGAAGCUGGGCAGCGAAGCCCUGGCCACCAACUACUCUGUGAUCGUCAACUCGCCGGUCAUCACAGCCGCCAUCAACAAGGACUCUAACAAAGUCUACCUCUCUGACCCGGUCAUUUUCACCAUCAGACAUCUGCAGCAAUCUGAGGAGAAUUUCAACCCCAACUGUUCGUUCUGGAGCUACAGCAAGCGAACCAUGACUGGUUACUGGUCGACGCAGGACUGCCGCUUGCUAGGCAACAACAGGACACACACCACAUGCUCCUGUACACAUCUGACCAACUUUGCUGUCCUCAUGGCUCACGUGGAUGUAAAGAACACCGACCCUGUUCACGAAAUGCUUCUAGACGUCAUUACUUGGGUUGGCAUCCUCCUGUCGCUGGUCUGCCUGCUCAUCAGCCUUUUCACCUUCUGCUUCUUCCGUGGCCUCCAGAGCGAUCGCAACACCAUCCAUAAAAACCUGUGCAUCAGUCUGUUCAUUGCCGAGUCCCUCUUUCUGGUGGGGAUAAAUCGGGGUGACCAGCCGAUUGCGUGUGCUGUUUUCGCCGCCCUCCUCCACUUCUUCUUCCUGGCAGCGUUCACGUGGAUGUUCCUAGAGGGCGUGCAGCUCUACAUCAUGCUGGUGGAGGUGUUUGAGAGCGAGCACUCACGGCGACGCUACUUCUAUCUGGUGGGCUACGGGGUCCCAGCGCUAAUUGUGGCCGUUUCAGCUGCGGUGGACUACCGCAGCUACGGCACUGAUCGAGUUUGCUGGCUUCGCCUGGACACCUACUUCAUUUGGAGUUUCAUAGGACCAGCAACCUUGAUAAUUAUGCUCAACGUGAUCUUUCUGGGCAUCGCUCUCUACAAGAUGUUCCAUCACACAGCCAUCUUGAAACCAGACUCUGGUUGCCUGGACAACAUCAAAUCUUGGGUGAUCGGCGCCAUCGCCUUGCUAUGUCUGCUGGGCCUAACCUGGGCUUUCGGCCUCAUGUACGUCAACGAGAGCACAGUGGUGAUGGCCUACCUCUUCACUAUCUUCAACUCCCUGCAGGGAAUGUUCAUCUUCAUCUUCCACUGUGUGCUGCAGAAGAAGGUGCGUAAGGAGUACGGGAAGUGCCUGCGUACUCACUGCUGCAGCGGCAAAAGCGUGGACAGCUCCAUUGGCUCCGGCAAGGGCACCGCCUCGCGUGCUCCGGGACGUUAUUCGACGGGAUCGCAGAGCCGCAUCCGUCGAAUGUGGAACGACACGGUCAGAAAACAGUCCGAGUCCUCUUUUAUGACCGGGGACAUCAACAGCUCUGCAUCGCUCAACAGAGGGGCUAUGGCUAACCAUCUUAUACCUAAUGCACUCCUACGUCCUCAUGGCACUAACAAUCCCUAUAAUACAUUGCUUGGGGAAUCGGCAGUCUAUAACAACCCUCUGGGCAUGUACAACACACAAGAGCCCUACAGAGAGACAAAGGGAAUCCUGAACAAUGCCCGGGAUACAAGUGUCAUGGAUACUCUACCACUGAAUGGUAACCAUGGCAACAGUUAUAGCAUUGCCAGCGCUGAGUACAUGAGUGACUGCGUCCAGAUCAUUGAUCGGGGCUAUAACCACAAGGAGACGACCCUGGAAAAGAAGAUCCUAAAAGAGCUCACCUCCAAUUACAUCCCCUCCUACCUCAACAAUUCCCACGAGCGCUCAAGCGAGCAGAAUCGGAACCUCAUGAAUAAGCUGGUCAAUAAUGUUAGCAAUGGCGGCAAGGACGGCGGCUACGGGAUGGGCUUGGGCGUAGGGAUGGGCAUGAAUGUCGCGCUGGGCCUUGAUGACCAUUCCACCUUUGUCCCCCACCACGACGAAGGCCUCGGUUUGGAGUUGAUACGCGAGGAGUCGAACGCCCCGCUGUUGCCGCAGAGGCCGCCCCCAUCCCUGCAGGCGGUGGACAACCUUCACAAUCACCUCCACCAGUCGGCACCCCCACCCCUGCCGCUGCCUCACCACCCCUUCUCGUCCGCCAGCGCUUCCUCCUCGUCUCGAAGGAGGAUCCCCCAGGAGAACAGCGAAAGCUUCUUCCCUUUACUCACCAAUGAGCACACUGAGGACGAAGGCUCGUCGCCCAGCCACAGCCACCAGAGAGACUCCCUCUACACCAGCAUGCCCAUGCUGCCCGGCCUGCCCGACGUGUCCGGAGAAUCGGCAGACGGCUCCAAGGAGGGCGGCGACGCCAAGAGCCCGGAGGCCAGCUCGGACGACGUUUACUACAAAAGCAUGCCCAACUUGGGCUCACGUAACCACCUCCAUCAGCUGCAUUCCUACUACCAGCUAGGGCGGGGCAGUAGCGAUGGCUUCAUUGUUCCCCCCAACAGAGAGGAUCUAUCUCCAGAAGAGGCCCAGCAGGAGCCCUCGCACCUAGUCACCAGCCUAUAGGCCCGAACCCCCUCCCACCCGUGCCCAUUGUAUUCUCACAGUCCUCUACUCUUCCCCCGUGUGCCCUUGGUCCAUCAGUCGUUGGAAGUGGUAGCCUUUAUUCUCUUUAUUCUGUGUCCCGAAGACUGAGGCGGAGGAAGGAACUGUACCCUCGCUGUUACCGACCAUAAGCAGGAUAAUAAUUGCUACGAAUGCGGUGGUGGGGGGCGUCGUCGGCAGUUAAUAUGUGACUCUAUUUAGUUAGACACUGCAGAAGGUUGAUGUUGUGCCCCCUCUCCUCCACUUGUCGCCCCCCAACCCACACACCGAACACCCCACAACACCACAUCCACCCCAUCCCCGCCCCCUCCCAAACCCUGUGUGGUUUGCCGUGUUUUGUCUCGUUGUGAAAAGAGACAAUUACUCACACAGGAUUUUUAGGUCUCAGAGAUAUAGUGUUGACAGUCUACAGGAACUGCAUACCCCUAAAGUCUGAAACUGAAGACUUCACCAGAAUUAAAAUGAAACAAAAAACAAAAAAAAGACUAUUUUAUUAUACUUCUGUAUCUAUAUUGACUUUUUGAGAGAUUUUCUUCCUCUUUGGUGAGUUGCAGCACAUUUUGUUUGCUGAAGUGUCCCUUCAAUGAAAAAAAAGACAAAAACCACACAUAUACGCACACACAGAUACAUUUUGGACAGUUACCAUAAAGGAAUUAUUGAUUGUAUGCUUUUAAGCAUAACUGUUCUUUUUUUUUUGUUGUUGUUUGUUUGUUUUUGUUUCUUUCUUUGAUUUUACUGUAAUUCCAGUUGUUAAAAGAGGGAGAAAAAAACUAAUAAGAGAAUUGCGAGAUAUUUCUAUGUAACUGUACAGAUAACUAGCAUUGCACAUGAUAGUAUGCUUUUUUUCCCGUUCCAAGCGAACCCUUUUGUCUCUGUAAAUGUAGUGAUUAGGAGCAAUUUUGUUCUCUUGUGCUGGCCCUUCUGGGCUUUUGGUACCAGUCUGUUUUUUUUUUUCCUUUCUCUUUUAUCACUUUCUGAGAAAUGACCAUCGAAAUAGGAGCAAAAUCACACAAAAAAUACCACAAGAACACACUUAUCGUGCCGCAUUUUCGUGAACCGUAUUCACCUUUCUUUUUCAGGUCUGGUUUUUUUUUUUUUAAUUAUUAUUUUCGCCUGGUUCGUUUUCUCUUUCCUUUUCUUUUUUUUUUACUGUGUAGAUAGCAGAGCUCUGAUUCACAGAUUGUCAAGGAGACAGAAUCAGUCCAAUUUAAUCAGGAGGUGUCCCUCAGAAAGUUUAUAGUGCAUCCUGCAUCUAUAUUGGCAUUCAGAAAACGCUUGUGCUUCUCAGAAACAGAACAAAUUGAACCUUGAUGAGCACUAGACACUUGUGCAAAAAAAAAGAAAGAAAGAUGGCUGUUUUACUUAUUAAAGAAAGAGCUUUUGAAGUGAGAAAAACUGGGAGUGUUUUUCUUUUUCUUCCUCAAGGAGAAAAUCUAUUUAUUUAUUUGUUAAAUAAACAGUAAUAAAGGAUGGGAGCAAGUUUAGCAGCAAAAAGAAGUUUUUCUUAUUGGCUAUAAUUAUGGCUUCUUAUUUAUUCUUUUUUUUUUGUAUUGGUUUCCGAGUUGAAUGACCUCAUAACUAAUAUUUGUUGUAACAGUGAAACUUGUUUGCCAACAAAUAAAUUACUGAUUAAGAUUUAUCAUGUAGCUAUGACAAACGUGCUGGUGUUUUGUCUGAGUCCCGGGACACUUUUGUAUGGAUAACAGCCGAAGACCUCCAAAUAACGGAACGAUCGAGUCUUUUCUUACUUCUGAGUUCGUAUUCGUCAUUAGCCCUCUGUCCAUUUUAGUGCCAAGUCAGUUUUGGCCCCGGCAACAGUGGAUGUGCUCUGUAUGCUCUGGUCUGCUUUAUAAUAGAAGCAGUGGUUUCAU